AAUCUGCUCUACUCUGCCUCCAACCUUGGUAAGGCAAGGCAUUAUAGGGAGAGAGAUACCGGUUUCUGGAAGACAAGUACUGAUGUGGAAGGAAGAGGAAGACAGACUUGGUCAUCUAAGAAAGAGUGGAAGUUCCCAAGUGAAACUCCAAGAAGAUAAGAGAGAGGAUGUCUGAACCAGCGAGUGCCAACAGAGAGAAGAAACAACCUCCCCUGAAUGGGAGAAGAGCCCUCCCAUCAAACAACUCCAAUGCUGAAGAAAAUGAUGUCCCUGAAAUGGAUGCUUUUGGUCUGAUACCUCGAGGAUUUAAUCCAAAAGAUUACCUGCGUGUUGUGGAUAUUCAUAUGUUCAAAGAACCCAACGAGAUCAACAAGCAGCAGCACCACACCGACAAGUACUACAAUCCUAAGCUGAUAGUGCGUCGAGGACAGCCUUUCCAAAUCCAGAUAGACUUCAGCCGACCCUAUGAGCCAGAGAAAGACCAGAUCUGGCUGGAGUAUUUGAUAGGUCGCUACCCACAACCAAACAAAGGCACCUACAUCCCAAUCCUCAUAGGUGACGCACUGAAACCUGGAGAGUGGGGAGCCAAGAUUAUCCAUAAGGAGAACAACUCCAUUCGCCUGUCCAUCAUGUCCUCUGCUACCUGCAUUAUUGGGAAGUUUCGCCUUUACGUUGCCAUCCGGACUCCCUUUGGCAUCAUCAGAACACACAGGAACUCAGCAACUGACACUUACAUAUUGUUCAACCCCUGGUGCCAACUGGAUGCCGUGUACCUGGAUGACGAGAAGGAAAGGGAAGAAUAUGUCCUGAAUGAUGUUGGUAUUGUUUUCCAUGGAGACGUCAAUGAAGUGAAAUUAAGAAGCUGGAGUUACGGUCAGUUUGAAGAAAACAUUCUGGAUGCUUGCCUUUUCCUGAUGGACAAGGCAGAACUGGAGUUGUCUGGGCGUGGAAACCCAAUCAAAAUCUGCCGUGUUGCCUCUGCAAUGAUCAAUUCCAAGGAUGAUAAUGGUGUUUUGGCUGGAUCAUGGGACAAUCUCUAUGCUUAUGGAGUCCCACCUUCAGCCUGGACAGGAAGUGUGGACAUCCUCUUGGAAUAUUACAGUUCUAAGCAGCCAGUGCGAUAUGGACAGUGCUGGGUCUUUGCUGGUGUCUUCAACACGUUUCUGAGGUGCCUGGGGAUACCUGCAAGACUCAUUACCAAUUAUUCUUCUGCCCAUGACAACAAUGCCAAUUUACAGUUGGACUUCUUUCUAGAUGACGAAGGGCAGGUGGACAACAGAUUGACCAAAGACUCUAUCUGGAACUAUCAUUGCUGGAAUGAAGCUUGGAUGACCAGACCUGAUCUUCCUGUUGGUUUUGGAGGAUGGCAGGCUGUUGAUGGUACACCCCAAGAGACCAGUGAUGGUAUGUACAGGUGUGGCCCAGCGUCAGUUCAAGCCAUUAAACAUGGUCAUGUUUGCUUCCAAUUUGAUGCUCCUUUUGUCUAUGCUGAGGUGAAUAGUGAUGUUAUUUACUCAAGAAUGGGAAAAAAUGGAUCCCAAGUGAUAGAAAAAAUUGACACAACCCAUAUUGGGAAGCUGAUUGUGACCAAGGGAGUCGGAAGUGAUGAUAUGGUAGACAUUACUGAGAACUACAAGUUCCAAGAAGGCUCCGCAGAAGAAAGACUGGCUUUGGAGACAGCUGUAAUGUAUGGUGUUAAAAAGCAAACUACACAACCCAGCACAUAUCAACCACAAAAGGAUGUCGAGAUGGAUCUCCAAGUGCAAAAGGCAGUCCUUGGCAGUGACUUUAAAGUUAUUAUAAUAUUCAGGAACAAGAGCCGCAACUCCUACACUGCUACUACAUACCUCUCAGGCAACAUAGUGUUUUAUACUGGUGUCACAAAGAGUGAAUUCAAGAAACAUUCUUUCAGUGCAAAACUGGAUCCUCUUUCGUCUAAUGCUUUCGAGGUUAUGAUCACAUCAGCCGAGUAUCUCAGUGACCUGCUGGACCAAGCCUCUUUUCACUUCUUUUUGACGGCACGGAUCAAUGAAACAGGGAAGGUUCUGGCUAUGCAGAAGGCAAUGGUCCUGGAAAUUCCCACCCUGAAAAUCAAGACUAAAGGCGAGAUGGUCGUUGAUAGAGAAAUGGCUGUGGUUGUGGAGUUCACCAACCCUCUGAAACAAAACCUGGAGAACGUCACACUCCGCCUUGAGGGCCCCGGUGUGCUGAGGACAAUGAAAAAGGAGUUCAGGCAAAUCCCAGCAAUGUCUACCUUGAUCUGGGAAGUAAAAUGUAUCCCAAAACGACCAGGGUUACGAAAGCUGAUUGCAAGCCUGAAUUGUGAUGCUUUGAGGCACGUGUAUGGUGAGCUGAAUAUCCAGAUUCAGAAACCAUGAAGCAAGAUGCCAUCUUCAUCCUUUCAUUUUGCUCUCAUGUUUCAAAAUACCACAUUAGAGGAGAAAAAAGAGACAGUGGUAGAAAUCUGCUUUUUGUUUUUUUUAUCAUCCUUGAGUUUCACUAGAUUCAAUAAGGAAGAGUAAAUGGCGACACAGGGGAGAGCAUAAAAAGAAAUCUGUAUGGUGAAUGAUUCAAAAUUAGAUACACGUAAUCAAAGGCAAUUCUAGGCCAUAUUAUUGCUGUAGUUCACUUGUAUUUAUGGUCUUUUGCAGUAGUGCUGCAAGGGAAUCUGAAAGGCUCCAUUCACCAAAGUAGUCUGAACUUUAGUUUUAAUUAAGGCCUGAUAUUUCACUGAAAAGAAAAAAAGGAAGAACUCAGUGUUAUAAAUUCUUAGAGUGAAUUACACAACCUUAUGGUAGAUCGUUCAGGCUGCAAUAAAAACAGGUAUUUCUAGCUAACAGGACUGCUUUAUCUUACAGUGUUAUAAUUUUAGUUAAUGGAGAGCACGCUUUGCUGGAAGCACUUAUUAGGGUUUGAUAUCUACCAAAUAUUCCCAGCUCUCACUUCUCACUUGCCACUUCACUCUGCUUUUUCUCCUGUUUUUUUUUUUUCUUUUUUUUUUUUUUCCAUGUGUCUAUGCGCCCAUUCAUAGUCACUCUUUUGCUUCAUACUAUUCCUUCUGUUUGAUUGAUGAAAAUUCAUAGCUUUUCGUGCUUCUGCUUAGAGUUUGUCACACCAGUCUUGCAUUUUCUGGUCACAUCUCUCGCAUAUGGUAUGUUCUCCAUUCUUUUCUGCCUUUUCUUCUCUCCUCAUUUCUCAUGUGUGUAUGUUCUGGGGAGUUCACUGCCCAUGGCAUUCCAGGCUCUGCCACCUGGCCCAUGGGGCAAAGGAAAGCAGAGUGAGGAGUAGCCUGCCAGCCCACAAACCUAACAAACAUCCCAUGUGAACUGUGCCCAAGAGUCACCAAGAAAUCAUUGCCUGGGAAGACUGAGGGACAGAAGCUCAGCUUACAGGAAUAAAAAUGCAUCCUGAGGUUCAAAAAAUCUGCAAGCUGGUCAGCCUUCUCCCUUGCUUGCAGCAUGUUCCUCUGUGGGUGCAAUGAGGCCUCCCAAGGCCUUGAUCCUCUCCUGAAGUCAUUCUAGCACAAAGAGUGCUCUGAGUCUGUGGUUCACGCUCCACUUUAUAGAAUCAUUCUGAGCCAUGGACUCCCAUGUGCUAGGGGAGCAAGCUAUGUGUGUAUGGUCAUUACUCAUCCCUCCUGAACUCCUUCUCAGGACCUUUUUCCACGUGAGAUAAAAAUGCACAUGCUGCAGUCCCCAGCUGUGGCCAUUCUCUCUUAGCCUCUGGGGGUAAGAGCAUAUCCCAUAUGAAUGGCACAGGUGAGACAACAGUUUCCCAAGAGGUUAAAAGGAACCUCAUGCUCAUAAAACACUGUGGUUUUACUAUGCCAGGUCAUUUUGUGAUCUCGUUAGUGAGAGAGCAGGGGAGCUAUGCCUUCUUGCCUUCUCCUUCUUGCUGCAUAUGACUUUCUGCAAAACUGGUGACCAGUUGUUAAAAAUAAGUAAGCCCAGGAGGGGAGAAAUGCAGGUUGCCCUUUUGCUGAAGUAUGUGGAGCAAAGCAGAGAUUCACACCACGUCACAUCACCUGUUCAGUGAAUAACCAUGGAUUCUGGAACACCAAACCCUUUGGGGCUUUUGCUUCAGACAUGGUGAUGCACUCAUUUUGUACAGCUUAUGAGACUGCACUGUACACUCUGCAAUGUCAAAAUCUCCUGGAGAAGUCCUCUGUGGCACAGGGGACAGAACAGUAUGUUGUAAAUGCGCAGCGACCAUCUUUGUUCAGUAAUUAAGCAGUUUUAAUGGAGUUUACAUCAUCUAAUACAAUUAUCCAUUUUUUGCUCUUGUCUAUAAACCUGCUUUCCAUUCUAAUCUUUUAUUACUACAAUGUAAUAGGAAUUUACAAUAAAGUAUAUCUAUCUGAUU